AAUCAAGCUGUUCUUUCAAAAAGGCUAAUAUCUCUCUCCUCUGCACACACACACACCUCCUCAAUUCACUCUCCCUCUCUCAACCCCUAAAAUAAGACUGAAAAAAACACAAAUCCAAUCAUAUCCAAUUCCAAUCUCUGAAUCCGAAACCAUAGAAUUGGAUUUCUAUCCUUUCCCUUUAUCUUUUCCUUGUCAAUUUCUAUCUCAUUUUUUUCCAUAUGUAAUGCAUCAGAAGAAAUCAGAAAUCCAAAUCGGAAAAGAAAGCAACGGCAUCUCUUCCGCUUUCUCAACUACGUUAAACCCGCAACUUCUCAUCCUCCACCACUUCCAACAACAAAAUGACCCAAUUACCCCUCCUUCUCCUCCCUGUUCUUCUCCAACUCCUUACAAAAGACCUCUCUUGACGACCACGACCCCUCAUAGCCAAACCCCUCAUCGUUCCAAUUCACUCUCUAAAUCCCCUACUAUUUACCAUUUUUCCACGACCCAUCAACCCCAGUCUCUCUUUUCCGUCUCCACUGCCGUUAAAGCUGCCGCCUUUCGUUUUCUCUGCCCCCGUUUGGCUCGCCUGAAAGUGCACCUCCGCUUGAUUCUCUUGCUCUCGCUUCCCUUCUUUUAUUUCCUGGUUUCGCAUCCGAGUCAUUCGUUUUUGCUUGAUUUUUUAUCUGCUUUUGCAUUUUCUGCUGCUUUGUUAUUGUCUCUUAAUUUAGCUUUGCCUAGAUUGCCUUCAAUUCGACUGUUUUUAUCGCGGUCAUUUGCCAUUAAUAAGCUUAGGAACUCAGCAUCCAGACAUCCUUUACCGGUGUUUUGGUCAAUUGGAUCGAAGCCAAAACCGGAGAAAAGGGCGACUUCGGGUUGUUUAGUUCAGGAUUAUAGUAACGGAGACGUUUAUGAAGGUGAAUUUCAUAAGGGAAAGUGUUCAGGAAGUGGGGUUUAUUAUUAUUAUAUGAGUGGAAGAUAUGAAGGUGAUUGGAUUGAUGGGAAAUAUGAUGGCCAUGGAGUGGAAACUUGGGCUAGAGGGAGUCGGUAUCGAGGGCAAUAUAGGCAAGGACUUAGACAUGGAUUUGGGGUGUAUAGGUUUUAUACAGGAGAUGUUUAUGCCGGUGAAUGGUCUAAUGGACAAAGUCAUGGUUGUGGAGUUCAUACUUGUGAGGACGGGAGUCGUUAUGUUGGUGAAUUCAAGUGGGGUGUCAAGCACGGACUCGGGCAUUACCAUUUCAGAAAUGGGGAUACAUAUGCUGGAGAAUAUUUUGCUGACAAGAUGCAUGGCUUUGGUGUCUAUCGUUUUGCAAAUGGGCAUCAGUAUGAGGGAGCCUGGCAUGAGGGUAGAAGGCAAGGCCUGGGAAUGUACACGUUCAGAAAUGGGGAGACUCAGUCUGGUCACUGGCAAAAUGGAAUUCUUGAUGUCCCAAGCACGCAGAACACCUCUCAUCCUGUAUCUCCUGUUGCUGUUUAUCAUUCCAAAGUACUCAAUGCAGUGCAGGAAGCAAGACGGGCAGCGGAAAAGGCUUAUGAUGUCACAAAAGUUGAUGAAAGAGUGAAUAGGGCAGUAGCAGCAGCUAACAGAGCAGCUAAUGCAGCUAGAGUGGCAGCAGUUAAAGCUGUUCAGAAACAAAUGCAUCAUAACAGUAACAAUGAUAACAUUCCGAUUCCAAUUGUGUGAGACUUCCAUACUUUAAUCAUUAAUUAGGCAAACUACCAAGACCGUGACAAGAGGAUAUGGCUUUGUGGUUCCUUUUCAAAAACUUCAUAGCUUGGACAGCCAUCUUCUCUGCAGCCUAUUCUUUCUUUAGGAGGCUGUAACCAAAGAUUCAAACUUGGAGUCCAUGUUUGAACAGAGGGAGCUAGUGUGGGGUCUUGUUUGCUUUGACAUCAUGUAUACAUAGACGAUACUGCUAGCA